AUGGCGCCCCGCGGUCGUGGAGGAAAAUUCUCCAAGCCCACUCGAGGAGGAGGCAAGCACUUCAGCAGAGAUCUCCAGCCAUUAGACAAGGAUGGUAAUCAGAUGGGUCUCUGGCGCGAGCCUGGUGACCAAAUCAAGUCAUCGGGCGAGGAAGAUUCUUCGUCCGAAGAAGAAAGCACCGAGGAAUCCAGCGAGGACGAGUCCAAGCCCACCGAGUCAUCCACAGCAGGAACCCGUGAGGAGCGCCGCGCAGCCGCCAAAGCUAAGAAGGCAGCCGCAUUGAAGAAGCGAGGCCAAGGACCUGCCCAACCUGGGGAUUUACCCCCUUCAGACUCGGAAGAAUCUGAUAACGACCUUCCCGCCAACCCCAACCAUACUGCCAAGUCCCGCUCGCAAACCCUGAAGGCCGCUGAGCCCACUGCUGAGCCUAAGAAGGCCGCCAAGGUCAAGGAUAUCUCACAAUUAUCCCGACGCGAGCGUGAGGCCGUCCAGGCCCAGCAGGCUCGCGAGCGUUACCAGAAGCUGCAUGCCGAGGGUAAGACCGAUGAAGCGAAAGCGGAUCUGGCUCGUCUCGCCGUUAUCCGUGAGCAGCGUGAGGCGGAGCGCCUGCGCAAGUUGGCUGAGAAGGAGGAGAAGGAUGAGCAAGCUAAGGAACGAGCUCAAGCCGCCCAGGAGCGGGAGGAUCGUAUGCGCGCCGCAGCUUUGGGUAAGACAGGCAAGAAAGUUGGUGGAAAGAAGAAAUAA